AUGUGGCCUGAUAUUCUCGAGAAGGCGAAGCGUGGUGGUUUGAAUGUGAUUCAAACUUACGUUUUCUGGAAUAUUCAUGAACCAAUUGAAGGCCAGUAUAAUUUCGAAGGAAAUUAUGAUUUGGUGAAGUUCAUCAAAAUCAUUGGAGAGAAAAAGAUGUUUGUAACUCUAAGAGUUGGACCUUUCAUCCAAGCUGAAUGGAACCAUGGAGGACUUCCAUAUUGGCUCAGAGAGAAACCAAACAUUAUUUUCCGAUCAUACAACGCUCCAUUCAAGAAUUACAUGAAGAAAUUUGUGACCAUGAUCAUAGACAUGAUGAAGGAAAAUAAGCUAUUUGCUUCUCAAGGAGGACCCAUCGUUUUGGCUCAGAUUGAAAAUGAAUAUAACCAUGUUCAACUUGCUUAUGAUGAGCUCGGUGUCCAAUACGUCCAAUGGGCUGCAAAUUUGGCCAUAAGCUACAACAUCGGAGUUCCAUGGGUCAUGUGCAAGCAAAAGGAUGCUCCUGAUCCCGUGAUCAACACCUGCAAUGGAAGGCACUGUGGAGACACCUUCACCGGUCCCAACAAGCCCUACAAGCCUGCCUUGUGGACUGAGAAUUGGACUGCUCAAUACCGUGUCUUUGGAGACCCACCUUCCCAAAGAGCUGCAGAAGAUAUUGCCUAUUCCGUUGCCAGAUUCUUCUCCAAGAACGGGAGCCUUGUCAACUAUUACAUGUACCAUGGUGGCACAAACUUUGGAAGAACAAGUGCUGUCUUUACAACAACCAGAUACUACGAUGAAGCACCACUUGACGAGUUUGGCUUGCAAAGGGAGCCCAAAUGGGGUCAUCUCAGGGAUGUACAUAAGGCUUUGAAUUUGUGCAAGAAGCCUCUCCUCUGGGGAACUCCUAGAACCCAAGUGAUGGGCAAGGGCUUAGAGGCUCGCAUUUAUGAGAAGCCAGGAACUAACAUUUGUGCUGCUUUCUUGGCCAACAAUGACACCAAGUUUGCACAAACUGUUAACUUCGGGGGACGAGAUUAUCUCCUUCCUCCUCGAUCAAUUAGCGUGCUUCCCGACUGUACCACUGUUGUCUACAACACUCAAACGAUUGUAUCACAGCACAAUGCCAGGAACUUCGUCCCAUCAAAGGUUGCAACCAAUUUCCAAUGGAAAAUGUACUCUGAACCCGUUCCAACUGUCGAGCAAAUUCCAGUAAAUAACAAGAUACCAUUGGAGCUCUACACCUUACUCAAGGACACCACAGAUUACGGAUGGUACACCACUAGCAUUGAAUUGGACAUAGAAGAUGUGUCAAAGCGCCCAGAUAUUCAUCCAGUCAUUCGUAUUGCAAGUCUUGGUCAUGCUAUGCUUGUAUACGUUAAUGGCGAAUAUAUUGGAGGGGCACAUGGUAGUCAUGAAGAGAAGAAUUUCGUUUUCCAAAAAUCAGUUCCCUUCAAGGCUGGACUUAACCACAUAGCCCUGCUAGGCACAUUAGUUGGACUUCCUGAUAGUGGAGCUUACAUGGAACACAGAUUUGCAGGACCUCGAUCCAUUACCAUCCUUGGUUUGAAUACAGGAACACUUGAUGUUUCUAAGAAUGGUUGGGGACACCAGGUUGGUCUCAACGGAGAAAGAAAUAAAAUUUUCACUGAGGAAGGAUCACAAAAGUUUGAUUGGAGUGACAUCAAAGAACAAAAAUCUGCUCUCACAUGGUACAAGACAUACUUCGAUGCCCCAGAAGGCAACGAUCCAGUGGCUAUUAGAAUGAACAAAAUGGGUAAGGGACAAGUUUGGGUGAAUGGUCAAAGCAUUGGUCGAUAUUGGAUGUCCUACUUAUCCCCUCUAAGACAGCCCACACAAGCAGACUACCACAUUCCAAGAUCCUUCAUAAAGCCAAAACAAAAUCUCCUAUUGGUAUUGGAAGAAGAGCCACUCACACCUGAAAAGGUUGAAAUCGUACUGGUAAACAGAGACACAAUCUGCAGCUACAUAACCCAAUAUCAUCCACCAAACGUCAAGUCCUGGGAAAGGAAGAACAAGCAAUUCAGAGCGGUGGUUGAUGAUGUGAAAUCCGGUGCCCAUCUCAGGUGCCCCGAUCAGAAGAAGAUUGCCGCCAUUGAAUUCGCAAGCUUUGGUGAACCUAUUGGUGUCUGCGGAAACUAUGAACACGGGAAAUGCAACUCAGCCGCUGAGACACAGAAAGUCGUCGAACAGUAUUGUUUGGGUAAAGAUAGCUGUUCGGUUCCAUUGGAUGCGUUCAGCAACUUCAAGAGUGAGUGUGAUGGCAAGACAAUAGCGAUUCAAGCAAAAUGCAGCGUCUAGAAAGAAGAAGAGACAAGGGAGGCUGGUCUGCUCUACCUUCUGCCUUCUGCCUGCUGCUGAUAACACCAUGAAAUCGUCCUCCCUUUAGAGUUGAGGCUCC